UUCCCGGGGCGUCUGCUACAGCACGACGACCAGCGCCCCGAAGCCGGCGACCCCGCCCGAGGACUCCAACGACUGCGGCCUCUUCAGCUUCCGACCCGCCUUCCUACAGAAACUUGCUAAUAUUAAGAUCUUCGUGUUCCUGCUGUCGGUCCUGGUGACCAUCCAGCAAGCCCUGGCGUCGGGCUACUUGAACUCCGUCAUCACCACGAUAGAGAAGCGCUACGAGAUCCCUUCCUCGCUCACAGGCGUCAUCUCCUCCAUGUACGAGAUCGGCAACGUCAUUACGGUCAUCUUCGUGUCGUAUUUGGGGUCGAAGAGAAGAAUCCCCGUCUGGAUCGGCGUCGGAUGCUGCGUCAUGGGCAUCGGCUCGAUGCUGUUCGUGAUGCCGCAGCUGAUCUCCGACCGCUGGUCCAUCGAGCUGGAGACCAUCAACGACACCGACUCGAAACACAUCUGCCGGAACGCGCGCGUGCGGGACGACACCUCCGAGCGCCUCUCCGACCUCGGCUUCGGAACGCUGCCCGACCUGUCAAAGGGCGUGCCCCUAGGCUCGCACAACAGCAUCCAAUAUGGCAAACCCGACAACUGCAUCAAGGGCUCUCGCAGCAACGUGAUGCCCGUGCUGUUCUUCAUGCUGGCGCAGCUGCUGCUCGGCGCCGGCGGCUCGCCCCUCUUCACGCUCGGAACCACUUACAUCGACGACCACGUCAAGAGAGAGAGCUCAUCCAUGUAUAUAGGGAUUAUCUACACCAUGGUUGCCUUUGGUCCUGUUCUGGGAUUCCUACUUGGCGCUUACCUCAUUUCCUAUUAUGUCGACACCAUGUUUGUUGACACAUCGGGCAUGCAAGCAAAUCACAAGCACCCGCGGUGGAUUGGCAUGUGGUGGGGAGGAUUCCUGUUAUGUGGGUUAAUGCUGCUCUUGAUCUCCAUUCCGUUCUUCAUGUUCCCCAAGACUUUGAAGAAAGAAAAAGAAAAAGUGAGAAUGGAAGAGAAGACUAAAGAGUUCCACAAAGGUCACCGGCGCACAAAGUCCCAGACGUCCACCUGCUCUCGGCACUCUACACUGUCCACCAAACGCGUCUACGGCAAGGAUGUUAGAGACAUUCCUCUGUCAAUGUUGAAGCUGUUAGUGAACCCCAUCUAUGUGAUGACGUGUUUGGGAGCAUGCAUGGAACUCAUCAUUGUGUCUGGGUUCAUUGUAUUUCUCCCCAAGUAUUUAGAGACUCAGUUCUCACUUUCUAAUAUUCAAGCCUCCAUUUUUACUGGUGGUAUUGCAAUACCUGGUGCUUGUAUUGGUAUCUUCCUUGGUGGCUACCUGCUGAAGCGGUUUAGUCUCCGGCCAAAAGGUGCCAUACAGAUGGUCAUGGCUUUCAAUUUAAUUGGGCUCAGCUUCUAUGGCCUCCUCUUUGUCCUGGGGUGUGACAAUGUCAAGAUGGCAGGCACCACAUCUCCAUACUUUAAUAACACAAUGGCACACUCAGUGGCGAAUACCCCCAAUCGCCUAGACAAUGCAGGGUCAUUUCAGGUGAACUUGACUGCUUGGUGCAACACAGGAUGCUCCUGCUCUUCAUCACUGGUGGAGCCUGUGUGUGGCAACAAUGGGCUAACCUAUUUCUCUGCAUGUCAUGCUGGCUGCACUUCUUACUCCCAGCAAGACAAAUUUGCUAAUUGCACCUGUAUCCUUGGAGAGGGCAAUCAGUCGUCACCGUUCCUCUCGUCCUCUGCAGCCGGGGGUGUUUUCUCUGAGGUGACUGUUGUCCCAGUGGCUACUGCAGGGCCUUGCUAUUACCCAUGCAACACCAUCAUGCCUUUCAUGAUCCUUCUGUUUUUCAUGUGCACUGUUGUGGCCAUAAGUCAGAUGCCCUUGCUUAUGAUUGUUCUCAGGUCUGUAGAUGAAGAAGAGAGAUCGUUUGCUCUAGGUGUUCAGUUUGUGAUAUUCCGCCUCAUUGCAUACAUCCCGGCACCAAUCAUGUUUGGAUCUGUGAUUGACUCCACUUGUCUCCUUUGGAAGAGCUCUUGCGGAGAAAAGGGAGGCAGAUGUCUCAUUUACGAUAUUGAGGCAUUUAGGUUCAGAUAUGUUGGAAUAUGUACAGCCAUCAAAAUAAUAUCAGCAGCAAUAUUUGUCUUUGAUUGGCUCUUGAUCCGCUGGAAAUAUAAGCUGGACAUGGAAGGGACAAUGACUGUGGGAGACAUUGUUAACUCACUCAUGUCGGUAGAUAAGAAUGAAGAUGAAUCAUCAGAUGAGCUUGAGAAAACAGUGUGGUUACCAGAACUCCAGGGAACACAGCAUGUGGCACCCCAUGCCCCUGCCGGAGCUCCUCACUCUACCUCAGCAACAGUAUCAGCUCCAUCAGCUGCACCAACCAACCAUUACCACCACAGGCGGAAUGGAUCACUCAUCAAUAGAUCACAAUUACCUCCACAUGGUUCAGGUCACAAGAGAUCCCAGUCAGGCUCUUACAUCCCGCCUCGCCCAUGGGCUGGCCUCUACCAGCACAGGCGAUCCCACUCCAGUUCAGGAUACCAGCACCUGCCACUUCCCUCUGGCCCACCUCCACAGGGGAUUCUGGCCACACAGCCAGGACACCAACGGCGAGCGAGUUCUGGACAGCAAGUGACAUUCCGAGGACUUGCAGAGGAUCCCAGCGACUUGACGGGAGUGAGAGUGGUGGUUCAAGGUCACACAAGCAGUGCAGACGAGGAUGAUAUUGCAAUUAAGGUGUAAGGGAAUUCAGUUGACUUAUAAUAGUCUUAGCUUUUUUUAUUUUAUUUGUAUAAACAAAUAAAGUUUAAUUAUUCUGAAUUAAUGCUUUGUACUAUAUAGGUAACAGGCUUGCCUAUUUAUGACAACUAUUUUGACACUGAAAUUUGCUACUGUCACUUGUUGAUAAUUAAGCCUGAGGUUACAGUGAAUUUAGGAAAUGUUAUACCAUGGUGUUUGUAGUCCUCUAAUAUGCUUCCAUGUAGUGGAGUGGCAGCGGACACAUGUAGUCCAAACCCCUGCCUUGUAUGGGAGAAGUCUCCCAUUUGGUUACGAUAUAUGAUACCUAUGGUUUGCAGCAUAGUCUGAUGAUGCAAAUAUAUUUAUGAUAUGCAUAGCCUUUGAAACAAAACUCUAGGUUUUUAAACAUAUAGACUGCUUAAUUGGACGAGAUACCGUGUACAGAGCUCGGACAAUAACUAAAAUGAGGAUUAGGCUGGCAUGUUGCUUGCAUAGGAGUAGAAGAGACAUGGGGCCUCUUGUGUAAUGUGAUAGCUUGACUUUCUAUAGGAUUACCAUAGAAGUGAUAUGAUGUCAGAUUUUAACCUCAUUCCAGGCUUUA